CAAGAAAAGACAGAGGGACUGUGCUGGAGCCUGUCGCAGGAAACACGCUACCACACUAUCCACAGAAGUGCACCAACGAGCCUUCAUGUAGUCGGUUGGUAUACGAACUCCUGGGCGGUAAGGGGGGGAUGUGGGAUUCUUAUCUGUGACAUGCUGACCAAUGAUGGGAAAGUUUUACCUGCUGCUCUGCCCUUCGGCUCCACUGUGAUGACCCCAGGAGAAGUGAAAUGUGGAUGACAGUGUGAGCCAGUGGAAUUCAACAUUUGGGCCAAAAUAUCCUCCCACUGAGCCAAAAAGAAACCUGUUCUAAUUUACACACACACACACACACACAAAUACUCUCACAUACACUUCCAAUCAGCCGCCACAAUGCAGAUGCCAGGAACACUGUGGGCGUGCCUGGCCCUGAUAUGGGUGGGAAGCUGCAGUGGCCACAGCCUGUUUACCUGCGAGCCCAUCAAAGUUCAUCGGUGCUUGGGGAUGCCCUACAACAUGACCUUCUUUCCCAACAUGAUGGAGCACUACGACCAAGAUGUCGCAGCCACUAAUAUGGAGCCGUUCAUGCCCCUGACAAUCCUGCGCUGCUCUCCAGACGUCCACCACUUCCUGUGCCAAGCCUUUGUCCCAGCAUGCACCGAGGAGAACAAGGUGAUCCGUCCGUGCAGAGAGCAGUGCGAGGCCGUCCUGUCGGACUGCGAGGAGGAUAUCCGAAUCUUUGGUAUCACCUGGCCUCCUGAGCUACAGUGUGACGGAUUGGACCCGUGUAGCUCUCCCGGUGCUCCGACGCUCCCCGCAACCACCUCAAUGAGCUCCUCAUCGGCUAAGCGGGACCUUGGCUUCUGGUGCCCACUGCAGCUGAAGACCAAACCGGGUUACGGCUCUUCUUUCUUGGGCGUCCAGGACUGUGCUCCGCCUUGCUCCAACAUGUACUUCAAACCCCACGACAUUGAGUUCGCCAAGAACUUCGUUGGCGUGUGCUCCAUCAUCUGCUUGGGCGCCACGCUCUUCACCUUCCUCACUUUCCUCAUCGACGUCAAGCGCUUCCGCUACCCGGAGCGCCCCAUAAUCUUCUACGCCGUCUGCUACAGCUUCGUGUCGCUCAUAUACUUCAUCGGCUUCCUGCUGGGGAACAACACGGCCUGCACCAAAGCGGCUCAGCCGGCCGGCGUGGACACGGUGGUGCUGGGCUCUCAGAGUAAAGGCUGCACUCUGCUUUUCAUGCUGCUCUACUUCUUCUCCAUCGCCGGCAUCGUCUGGUGGGUCAUUCUCACCAUCACCUGGUUCCUGGCAGCUGGACCCAAGUGGAGCUGUGAGGCCAUAGAAAAGAAAGCGGUGUGGUUCCACUCGGCUGCCUGGGGGAUCCCCGGGGCGCUAACCGUCAUGCUGCUGGCUCUGAACAAGGUCGAAGGGGACAACAUCAGCGGCGUUUGCUUCGUGGGGCUCUACGACCUGGACGCCCUGCGCUACUUUGUCCUGGCUCCUCUGUGCGUGGGCAUCGUGGUCGGCCUCUUCCUCAUCCUGGCGGGCAUCGUCUCUCUCAACCAUGUGCGGCAGGUCAUCCAGCAUGACGAGCGCAACCAGGAGAAGCUGAAGAAGUUCAUGAUCCGCAUCGGCGUGUUCAGCUGCCUCUACCUGGUCCCGCUGGUCACCCUGUUGGUCUGCUACACCUAUGAACAGAGUCAACGCAGCACCUGGGAGAACACCUGGAUCCACGACCGCUGUCAGGAGUACAGCAUCCCCUGCCCCUCCAAGACAAAAGAGCACGACCGCCCUGACCUCUCCCUGUUUCUGGUGAAAUACUUAAUGACGCUGGUGGUCGGCAUAUCUGCCGUGUUCUGGGUCAGCAGUAAAAAAACCUGCUCCGAGUGGGCCUACUUCUUCAACAGGACCCGCAAGAGAGAUCCCAUCACUGAGAGCCGCCGGGUGCUGCAGGAGUCCUGCGAGUUCUUCCUCAAGCACAACAGCCGCGUCCAGCACAAGAAGAAGCACUACAAGCCGAGCUCCCACAAGCUCAAGGUCAUCUCCAAGUCCAUGGGCACGAGCACCGGCACCGUGCCCACCAACGCGUCCACCGCGACCAAUCACGGGGCCUCUGCGCUGGGCAAUCACGAGCCCCGCGCACACGGCUCUCUGUCCGAGGCCUCGGCGAGGGAGCACGUGGACAGGGGCACCUCCAGCCGAAGCUCCAGGAGGGGGGAGAGGGAGAGGGAGAGGGAAGGGGGAGAGAGACGUAGCAAAGGGGGGAGCUCCUGUAAGAUCAGCAGCCGCUCCGAGAGCGUGCACAGAGUCCCAGAUGGGAGGGUGACUCCGAGGAGCGAGCUGUCGGAGGCCAGGCACGGCCCCAGCACACAGCAGCACCCGGCUUUAAACCCGUCACACAGCACCCGCCAGCUGGCUCACCAGGUGCCCGGGGAGAGCAAGGACGCAAAGGACAGCCCCUGCUGAGACAUCGGACCCGUCCCCAAAUGUGUCCAUCCAUCCAUCCUUGAAUCCACUCAGCCACAAUGUUUCAUGUGUCUGUGCAUGAUUGCAUUGGUUACGUUGUAGUCAGUGAAUGUCCGUUGCCAGCAGAAUGUCACAUACCUCGAGUAUUUUGAAUGUGGUAUGCUUGGACCAGAAUCUGGCUUUUAGGGGGUUGGGGUAUUCAGAGCGGCUGUGUCUUUCAGCUUUACUGAGCUUUUUGGCCGUUUGCUAUCUACCGAAAUGUUGCAGCAGCUCAGCUGUGAUCCACCGAUACACCUACCGAUUUGUAGCUCAAUGACAUAGAAUGCACACUAGAAAAUACAUUCAAUAUUUAUGUAAAUAUUCUAUUGUUUUAUUUUUAGAAACAAAGAAGUCUUUCACUGGACGAGUCGCUACACUGAGAGUUACGUUUAAAAAGGUCAUGAUAUUGCCAAACAUUCUACUUAAAGAAAAGUCUUCCUGUGGUAAAACAGUUUUUUGAAUGUCUUUCCUGGAAAGAUGUUUUCCAGUGAAAACCCUCAUCUUGUAAAAAGUGUGCUACUUAACUGCUCCUUUGACUAAGGCAUACUCUUAAACUUGACUUGGUUUUCAGAUGAAUUUGUGAUUUUCACGCUUUCCUUCAAAGACUGUACUUUCACUUGUUUGUUUUGAUUCCUACUAGUUUCUAUUGCACAAACACUUACUGUGCAGCCGUGUCUUUAACUUUAUUUUUAAAGUGUCUUGUGAAUUUGGAUAAAGUAUAGUUUUCUACAAGAA